UACAUGUGUACAUACUUCUGGGAUAAAGAUUGUGGUACAUUUUAUUGGUAUGCAAUAUGAUUGAAGAUUGCUCACUCCGAAAGGUUUUAAGUUGCAGUCAAGACACCCUUUAAAAUUAUGGACAGUCCCGAGGCACCCUUUAAAAUUAUGGACAGUCUUGAGGCACCCCAUUCUAAAAUGGGGUACCUCAAGACUGUCCAUACUUUUAAAAGGGCACCACAUUCUAAAAUGCGAAAAACUAUU